CUUAGGUACACUUACAUACUCGUACAACGCAGAGCGGGACUACAAAGAAAAAGUACAAAAAUUUAAUAUACGCCAUUUUUCAAGCACGUCAUAUUAUCAGAUAUGGUCGACUAUGAAGUGAGCGCCGCCAAUAGCGUCGGUAGUCAUGUAAGCCAACUCCUGAGAACCAUUGGAAACUGGAGCAGACCAAGCGGCCAUGGCCUUUACAUGUUCCGUUCCAUGUUCGUAGCAUCCUCUACCGCGGCUCUAGUAGGUCUAGCCGCCGCCGCCGCAACCGGUAUCUUCACCGGCAGCGGUAGCAUCGGCUUUCUUCUCGGGUCCUGCGCGGGCUUCGUCGGCGGCUCGCUGCACUACUACCGGAUGUGUCUAGCACAAGCGCUCUCCUCGCUCGACGAGCAUCCGCGCCUCAUGCAGUUGCACUUAGCCUACAAUUUCCCGUGGCUAGGCUACCAGCACUUGCGCCGGAACCAGCUGUGUUCUAAGGAGUGGACUCGGGCGUCCUACGCACGUCAGGGGAACCUGAUCGCAGCUUGGUUGAGCGCUUCGGACGCUUUGGAUGAGAUACACGACAGGAAGACGGCCUUGAUUCUGGAGGCUAUUAUUCGCCAGGAGACGGCUAAGGGAUUAAUCGAAGACAAGGAGGAAUGAGACGUGAUAGACGUUAGGGAAUGUAGAUAGAUAGGAGGCACCAACCAACAUACUUCCCCAAUUUUGUUAAUUAUCACAUCGAAAUAACUUUUCACAAGUUUAUUAU